CUCUCAGAGCACUCUCGCGAGCCCAACGGACACCGCGAGACCGUUUUUGUUAUUAGACGUGGGGUUGCGAACGCAAACAAACCACGUUGCCGCGCUCGGUGCACAUCAUCCACGGCACGAUCCGUCCUAAUGGCGCAGAGCCAUCGAAACCGGCAUCGAACGUAAACGUUGCUGGAGCGCGCGUGUUUGUCGUAGCCGCUUUAGAAGCAAAAACAACAAAAAAUAGACCUUCUUGCGUGUGAUAGACCCUCCACCAUACGGUCUUAGUAAUCCACCCGUCGCCGUGGAUCUCUCGCGACGAGUGUCUGUUCCAGUUACGAGUAUCCAGAUGGUGCUCAACACGUGAUUACAGUGUAGUGGACGCGACCAAACGUGGAUCAAACUGUGGCUGACCGGACCAGACAACAGAGCGGUGGAGGACGGAGACGCACUUUAGAGUGGAGCACCAAAUUUAGACCCUGGAUUGAUAACGACCGCGAAAGGUGAUAACGAUCGGCGCGAAUUAUCGCGCUUCCCUUUUUCUCGGCUGGCAGGGUCGAGGACGCACCACCAUCAUCGUGCUUAAUUAGAGUGUGUGAACGAAUUAGAUUAAUUUGUUUUUAACCACUGGCCGGCGUAGUGGUGUGCGAUUGUGAAACUGGUGAAACUCUGCGAUGGAGCAUCACAUUCCGGCGAGGACUUGCAAGUGCAACGACGAGUGUUGGUGUUUUGUGGGUGUACAGUUUGCUUAAACAAAGUUGUGAUACAAAUAAGUGAUCAACAUAUUGUGCUAAUGGAAGAAAAUAAAAAUUAAAAUACCACCAUUCACCAUCGCCAUCAUCAUCCGAGUGUAAUCAGCAGGGCAGCAAACGAAAGUGACUGUGCUUAGGCUUAGCUGGUUGGAUUUGCUGAUGUAGUCACAUAAAGCAACGAAAGCAAAAGAGCGACAACAAAAAAUAGACCACGACCACGAGUGGACGACGAUACAUCCCGCUGAUAACGAGCGAACUUAAUGAAAUGGUCACCGCCGCUCCUGCUGACGGUUUAGCGUACGGUUUUAGCGGCGACAGAAGGUAGAUCUCAACCGAAGGAGGGACGGGGUGAACCCCGGGUGACAACCGGGAACCCCGGGUAGGAUAUCACAAAAGCCCCCAGGGCGUACUGUGGUAGUAGUGUGUGUUAGUGGCCCAGAAACGGAAACACUGGAUCAAUCCAUCUAGCAGGCGACGUCGGCAGCAACGAACCAGUGAGUGAGUGACACGUACACACAGCUCUUUCCCGCGAUAUCCUUAAAACGACGAGGUAGGAGAGACGGGGAAAAAACGGAUAGUCACCACCAACACCCGCAGAUUUCUGUAGGCGUAAUACACCAAGGUACGGGCAGUCCGUGCGAGAGGUUCAUUUGCAACGCUACCGUGAACGUAAAAAGAUGAUUAUAUUCCUCUACCUAAUACUGGUGCUGGCCUGGGCGCUACUCAUCAUCAUACUGAAAUGCAAGAAGGCACGCGCCAAACGGCUGGCCGAGCAGGAGGAGAUGGCACAACCGGUGCACGUGGUACAGAUCGGCUCCAACCUGUACGACAUUAUGUCACUGCAUCGGGACAACUACAGCGGCGUGUACAGCUGCCUCGAGCACGGUACGAUUGCGCAACACCGCCAGCGUGCCUCGGCCAGCGUCACCCACUCGAAUGCGGCCUUCGUCGGUGACGAUGGUUCCAUCUAUCCAGGAAACGGUAUGGUCGCCCUGGAACCACCUCCAUCGUACGAGGAAGUGAUACGGCUUCCGGCCUACUAUCCCAAGGUGGAAACGUUCGUGCCGGAAAUGGUCGUUCCACCGUCGACGGGACCGCGUCCCCACACGGUCGCCACCCAACCGCCGCCGGUUCCGCUGCAUCAAGCGCGCGGCAACACAAUGGAAUCUAGUACGGUGGCAACGAUUUCCCCGUCGGCUGGGACAGGAACGCCAGCUGGUGCGCAAGAGCAACCGCAGACGGACCAGACGGUCGAUGCCAAUGGGAAUCGUAUCAAAGGUGUCUCGUACACCGGAACUACCGUCACGAUACAGACUGCAAACUCGUAACCAGGAAGUAGGGAAAGAGAGAGAGAGAGCGACAGUUAGAAUUUAAUAAGUGCCUGUGAGUGCGUUGGUGAUGAUGAGUGCACCAAGGAUUGCACAACACCAAGCUCUGCACCGAGCGUGUGUGUGUGUGUUUGCUGCGGCACAAAUGGGGGGGUUGCGUACGACUGGGACAGGCCACACACACAGACAGGACACAAACAAAGAUUAGUGCAUAUCUCAAACAUACCCCCUUCUUCUUUUAGUGGCAUAGUUUUUGGGUUUAACUUGUAAUUACAACGUUCACGGCUUUACUCGUCUUUGGCGCGCCACAGUCACACGCACAAACGAAAAGGCAUGCGUACCACCACUAAGGACAUUAUUUAUUGGUAGACGUUUGUUUGUAACCUAAGUUUUAGACGUCCACUCGCGCAAAGAGUUUUCAUUCCGGAAAGUGGAAACUUGAGACGUUGGGGGGAAAUAAAUAUAAACAAUACGAAUUACUUAA